AUGCUCGAAGACUCAAUGCCCAUAUGUGUGGCGUCAACUUGUCACAAUAGUGACGAUGAUGCACAUAGCUCAUCAAUCAAUGCCCGAUCCCCCAGUCCCCAAGACCAGGGAAGCCUGCCGAGAACAGUAAAACAACGAGCCAGGAAAAGCUCCCAUCUCAAUUACUUCAAGAGUGCGGAAUGGUCAGCGGACGGCACCACAAUAUUGACAGAUUCUGCAGACCACCAUGUCAGGACUUGGAUCUUACCACUGGAUCUGCUGGAAGAGAAGACAUCCCACCAAGAGCUAUUGCCCUACUCUGUCUUGCCGUCUGCAGAACCGACCUAUGCAACUACCAUGUAUCCUUUCUAUUCUCUUCAGGACCCUUCGACCACCUUGUUUCUCUCUUCCGUGCGCGACCAUCCGAUCAGAUUGGCAUCGGCUCUCUCUCCAACCUCCGUGGCGAGUUAUUCUUUGGUGAAUCCGAUGACAGAAGCCUUCAUCACGCCCCAUUCAAUGAUAUAUCCAUCUGUACUGGGAGGGACUCAUUUUCUGACAGGAUCAGACAGCCUGAUUUGUCUCUUCGAUGUCUCUCGACCCGGAAACGAUGGCCCUGUGGCUUCAAUGCCCACGAUACCAAGUAAGCGUAAACAAGUCGUGGGUGGAGGCGUGGGUAUGAAAGGAAUCGUCUCUGCCAUGGCCAUGGAUCCGACUGGGGCCGGUAUAUUAGCUGCCGGCACCUUUACCAGGCAUGUUGGACUAUAUGGUUCGCAUGGAACAGGGGAGUCUCUAGGGACAUUCAGCAUUGCCAAAACAGAAGCAAACCGUCACAUUGGCGGCCGUGGGAUUACCCAGCUGUUGUGGAGCCCCUGUGGAAGGUACUUAUAUGUCGCUGAACGCAAGAGCGAUGGUGUCUUGAUAUAUGACAUUAGAGUUACAGGACAAUUGCUUGGAUGGCUUAAAGGUCGCAAGGCUUUGACAAACCAACGGAUGAAGAUUGAUGUGGUCGCCAGUGGCGACGGCGGGUCUCAUGAAAUCUGGGCUGGAGGAACUGAUGGAUGCAUGAGAGUGUGGCAGGACCCUACGCACUCUAGUGGGGCACAAGAACCCAAGUGGGAGUGGAGAGUCCAUGGCGAAUCUGUGAGCAGUACUGUGUUGCACCCAUUGGGAAAUAUAGCAGCAACCACAUCGGGUCAACGUCAUUAUGACAAUGAUGUCGCCAGUACAAGCUCGCUAUCUGCCCCGGUUGUUGACAAUAGCUUGAAGGUGUGGUAUAUGCCAUUCUUAAGCACGAAUAACGUUAUCGAUUGA